GACUGCGAUUCUGAGCUUUGUGGAUGUUCAGUUGGGGCUGCUGUUUCUGCCUGUUCGGAUGAUAUUGGAGAAGGCUCACUGUUUCUUGUAGUUGUCGGUGCAACUGUGGUUAAGGUAAUACACUGUGUUUGCUCGUUCUCGGUUUGUGUUUCUGAGUGUUUGGAUGUUAUUGUGGAAGUGGUUUCUGCAGUCGAGGUUUCACCAAGGUCUGCGCUGGAGUGUGAGUAUUGUGUUUGCCGAUCUGCAGUUUCCGUUUUCGCAUUUUUUUGUGUUACUGUGGACGGUUGGCUGUUUAUUGCACUCCAUGGUCCAUCUGUGUUUGAGUUGGGGUUUGGAGUUGGUGAAUGUUCGGUUGUUUGA